GAAGGGCGAAAAAAAGCAAACAACACCACUGGGAGCCAAUCAUUGCCGUACAACGUUAAACAGCAUGGCACAAGAGGCGUGGCUACCCAUAAAGGUGUGUUAUCAUUUUAUCUUUUGCUUUUGGGCAUUGAAGCCAAUAGCGAAGACGUCUGUCAGGCAAUAGCCAAUCACGACACACCUAUGUGCUCAGAGGAAACUACGUCCAUUUCGGCUUUGAGUUGUGCGUCAACACCAAUGGGAAAUCGGAGCCAAAAUGGCUGAAAAAGACUCCCAGUUUCAGUUAGGGGCCGAAUCAUUUUUGUUGAAUGACGGUUUAGCUAACCAAUAAGAGACUGAGUUGUUAUACCCAGCAUCCAAUUGCGUGACAGCACACAGAGGCUUUGUGUUAUAGUACAGUAGGUAUCUGUUGUCCACAUUAACAAGGCACUAUUUUGGAAGCACUUUGACAAGCUGUCGCUGUUCCAUGUCAUUCGGUACGUCCGCGUCCAACGAGACGUUUCAGGCGGUCCAUUAGCUGUAAACCAGCACAGACAGAACCAGCCAGCCGUAAACCACUAACGGUGGAUAAACUUAAAACACUAGCAGCUCCUUUUUAUAGCAUUUUUCUAUCUGGCAGCUUCAGGCAACUGUAGAGGCUAAUGUUUUCUUUUUUCUUCCUUUAGCUGACGCUUCCAAAACACAACCGAAAUAGCAACGUCGUUAUUUUAGCAUUUUGCCAUUUCUGCAAACGUUAGCCAACUUUUUCCCUUUCCCCCCCCACUUCAAAACAAAGCUGCCCUCUUGACACAAUUUACUCGCUAGGGGGGGAAAAAAUCCUCAAAUUUGAUCUACAAGCCGAAUUUUCUUCGGAGACCCGUCAGUAUCUAGCAGUUUUAUUUAGCUUGCAUUGAGGAUGUUAAGGACUGUUGAGCUGUGUUAGCCAGCCGCUAGCUAGUUCCCACCAAGCCUUUUAAAUCAUCAUCUGGGCGCUCAACAAGGAAGAGGGCAGUCUCGGUGUUUAACCGACUGGUGCUUCAUGCUGCCGGACCUUUAACUUUUAAAUACACCCAGUGAUCCACGGCCACCGCGUCUCCCCUCCUUCGCCCGUCAAAAGACAAAACAAAACAAAGACUGACACAACAAGCAGAUCACCUGAGCGCCGAAAGGAAGAGUCUGGGGAAGGACCUUCAGCAGGUUGGACACACUCCUGGAAUCCCUCUUCGGAUUGUUAUAAUAUUAGUGUUAUUGUUGAAAAUGGCGGCGAUCGGAAUGGUGCAGAUGUUGAUUGAAGCAGCCGAGUACCUCGAUCGCAGGGAAAGAGAAGCUGAGCAUGGCUAUGCCUCUAUGCCACCCUUCAUCAGCAGCCGGGAGAGGGAAAGCCUCAAGAGGAAAAACAAAAGCAAGAAAAACAUAAGUAGCAGGUCUACACACAAUGAGAUGGAAAAGAACAGACGGGCACAUCUACGGCUCUGCCUGGAGCGCUUGAAAUCUCUCGUUCCUUUGGGACCAGACGCCAACAGGCACACCACCCUCAGCCUGCUGAUGAAGGCUAAAGAACAUAUAGAGAGGCUAGAGGAGAGUGACAGGAGAGCUCAGCACACCUUGGAGCAGCUACAGCGGGAGCGGAGACACCUGAGGAGACGCCUGGAGCAGCUGGGAGUGGAGCGGACCCGCAUGGACAGCACCGGCUCUACCCGCUCCUCGGACAAAUCCGACUCUGACCAGGAGGACCUGGACGUGGACGUGGAGGGGACGGACUACCUGCUGGGUGACCUGGAGUGGAGCACCAGCAGCGUGAGUGACUCAGGGGACGAGCGAGGCAGCCUGCGGAGCAGCUGCAGCGACGAGGGCUACUCCAGCGCCAGCCUGCAGCGCCUGCAGGACACUCAGGAGACGGCCAAGCAGCUGGCCUGCGGCCUAUAAACAGCCCGGACCGCCGAGCCGACACCCACCCACCCCACCUCCACCCAGAACCUCCAUCUCACCACUUCUACCUGCUCAGACCCCGCCCCCCUCCACCCUGCCCCCUUGGUCCCACCCACCCACCCGUCCUCUUCUCCUCUGCAGCUGACUUCCACUCAGACUGCAGCAGCUCAAAGACGCCCACACACACUCAGCUCUUCUUCUUCAUCAUCAGCGGUCAGUCUUAAGGGUGUUGCCCGCUCCGCUCCUCUCCGCUCUGUGCCAAUCAAACGAGUGGGAUUUGAAAGACACUCCGCCCCCUUUCCGUCUCUCCGUCCUCCAGAAACACAACUUUCAGCCAGAGAAUGUUACCACACAAUGUCCCACUGCCUCUUUUUCUACGCCUCAAGAGCCAUGGGAAGCACUUCUAAGAGAUUAUUCUCUUCUGUGACACACACACACAUACACACGUGUGCGUGCGUGCACACACACAUACACACCUCUCCUCGGUGACGCAGGGCCCAUUUUUCUGCCCCUCUCGCCACUGAAACAUCAGUGCAUGGUACCUUGCACUUGAAAUUGCUUUUGUAAACAAAAACUGUCAUCUUUUUCAAACGCCGUCUCUUGUAAAGCCCCGCCCCCUCCCAGAUGAAGUGAAUGUUUGUGAAACAUGUCCGUCAGCAGACUCCGUGGACGCUAAACCAGACCGACCUAAACGAUCUGAGCCGGCAGCAAUACAUCCUGUGGAGACUGAAGCUUUAGCCGGCAGGCUCCUUUUGUGACCCUUUGUGACCUUUUUUUUUUUUUGUUAGUUUUUUUUUAACGUCCACCUCUGCCACUCGCGGUGAGAAGGAAAAAAGCGAAACGAUGCGAGAUUGUGAAGAUGUUUGCGGGUUCUCGACGGGUCCUGCCUCUCUCUGACGACGGUGGCGUUUUUACAGCGUUCCCCUUUUUCUCUCCCCGCCCGCGUGAAUGGGCGACGGCCAUUGACCUUUUUUUUUUUUUUUUUUUUUUUGCCAGGUGCUAGCACAUCGUUGUACGCUAAUCUGUCACUGCCCCAGCUGUUCACAGGAAGGGAAAAGCCCAUCUACCUAAAAGCAGUCGAGAGACUUGAACACAUUCCACGACAUAAAGAGGAGAAGCUGGUGAGACUGAGAUGAACUUUUUGUGUGUUUUGAAACUGGGCAGUCGCAUUAAUUACAUGAAGGUUGAGUUUGGGUCAGGAUAGGGUGGGGUUUUUCUUUAUUUCAUUUUUUUUUUUUUAGCGGGAACACUUUAGUCAGAGGCCCAAAGUUUUCUGUGUUUUCUCCUCUUAAAAAGCACUAAAAUGUCAAAAACCACAGAAAAAAAAAAUCCUUUCCCUUGCCAUCAUAGCUAUUUAUUAUUUCUGGACAAAUGUACACCUUUUAAUGUAAAUAGUUCUCAAAAAGAGUUCUAUGUCUAUCACCAAAUGUAUUUAUUAGAUAUCCUAAAUAUAUAGAUGACUCUAUAAAAAACAAAAAUAUAUAGAGAGAUAAAUAUAUAUAUACUUAGUCAUAGCUUCUGUUCAUUUUUGUGAGUUUUAUGGAGAGUUUCCUACAACGUAGUUGGUUUGCACAGCAAAGUCGAUCCUUAGAAUGCUUAGAAAAGUCUCUUGUGCCUCGAGGCGUUCGUGUCUGUUGAAUUUGGCACAGUUUCAUCGUGGUUCGUUUUCUUUUCUUCCACUUUUAUUUCCUUGUGUUUAAAAGCCGUCCUGUCCGGCCGUGGGGGACGGCGGAACAGCAACAACAAAAAAAAAACAAACUCAAUAUAACUUUGGAAAAAUCUGGAUUAAAAAGCCUAAGAGCAAUGGAGAUGCACCAAUCAGGAUUCUCCUGGUCGAUUCUAGUUCACUGUGAGGUUUGACCUGCUGAUUUGGCCAAAUUUUUAUUUUCACUUCUUUUUUUUUUCUACAGAUUGUAACGCAAAAAAAAAAUAUUAAAAUGAAUUGAAGUAUUAGAGUUGGGUUAAACACAAAUUGAGGUAAUUAAAGAUUUUUUCCCAUUUGUCCCUAACUGGAUCCUGGUCAUUAUGUCCAUUUGGCAUUUUACCUUUGAAGAUUUGGUUGUUCGAUAGUUUUUUAAAAAAAAAUUUUAUGUAUGUAUUUAUUCCUCUUAGAAACAAAAUGGUGCCCUCCGAUACUGGACUUUUUGUACCUUGCAAGAGUCAGUUUGUACUCCCGUCAAAGCCUUUUGAACGUUUUGUACCGGCAAUCAAUAAAUAUAUCGCAUGGCUCCUUUCUUCCUGUUUAGACCUUUGCAUUUUAAUUAACUUUACAAGUGAAGCUCUAAAUUUUCACUAAAUUAAAUGAGUCAUUCAUACUAGUCUUUCAUUUCUAAUUCGUCAGACAUUUGACCUAAAAACAUUAUUUGACAUAGAAAAAUAUUUCAAAUGUUCAGGUAGUCCUAAAUUAUGAUUCUGAAUUUGUCUUUAUGAAAAAACUUUGCCAAGUACGCGGUGUGAACAUGGUGAAACUGUUGGGAUGAAACGGCGCCCACAUCAGGACAAACUGACUUGUUUACAGCACAAAAUCAAAGUCUGAAGGGGUCAAAGGGCAUCGAUAUGGAGCAAAAUGGGGGUACAAGUUGACCUGCAGCCUCAAAAGUUCAAAUGACUUUUAUUAAACUGAACAAAAGUGCAUGAAAUCAUUACGAGUUAAUCCAUAUUUAGACCAAAAAGUAGCUGGACCUUAGUCAGGAUUCCAUCCUCUAAUCGAUUCAGGUUGAAGGAAAAGUUGGCAGGUUCUGAUCUCCGGCCGACGGAUCGGUGCAUCUCUACUGGUAGAAAUUUGGUGGCCAAAUUCUCAGAGGCGACGAUCCAACAUCCCGUCCUCCCCCCACCUGUCCCUCACCUACAACUCCCAACAUGGCCGCGCGGCUCCGUGUGCCCUCAGGAGAGCCGGGGGGGCAGGAGGGGGCUUCACAAAUACCUGAAUGUACACAGACCGCAGUGCAGCGGCGCAACGCUGAAGGAAGCUCCCCGCUUGCGCAUGCUCUACUUGUAAAGCUCAGCUAAAGCAUUAACAUGUUACACCAAUGACAUAAUUUUUUUUUUAAAAAACUCUCGAAAAUCUAUAAAACUUAGAUUAGAAUUGUUUGGUCUGUUCGUGUGGCAUGCUGCUUAUUUUCGUCAAGUUUAAAGUUUUUUUGUUUUGUUUUUUCCAACGGAGAGGAACCGCGAACCGCUAGCACACGAAAACAGAUGUAAGAGUCGGUGCAGCUGUGUUUCACUGAAAUGCCACCUGUUGGCUGAUUUGUGUGUGUGUGUGAACGUAUUCGGCGCUGUCUUCAGAUAGAAUUUUAUUUCGGGGUGGCAGAGGAUGGGCAGCCAAGAAACACCGACUGGCUAUUUUCCUGUUCCCCGUUUCCGACUACAACUGCCCCCACCUUCACUUCCAGUCCACCUGUGAGUUUUCUGGAUCGGCCCGUUCAUUUCCCAGCUGCUGUGUGCGAGCACGACUCCCUCCGUGUCGGCUUACGUGCGCUCGCUGCCCACGCCCCUCAAAACGACCCCUCUCCUCCGGUGCUCUCGGCAUCCGGCUUAAGAAGCCGGUGUUGAAUCUCUCGAAGAACAAGCCUGCAGUCAGACCAGUCGUUUAAGCUUCAAGGGAGUCUCUUUCCUCCCAUCCAAGAUGGCUAACCAUGCCUUAAAACAGUAACAAAAGUACAACCCAACACGAGAAAGCCCAUGCCCAAGCGCCUAUAUUGUACAGGAAUGGUCAUUCCAUUCCUUCGUGGCGCUCUUUCAUACAUCACAUACAGAAAACACACGCCGUGUCGUCGCUCCAUGAACAUCGCCCCCGACCCUUCUCCCUCCUCUCCGCCGCCUUUCUCUUCAGGAAGGACCGGUUUCCAUUUCCCGGGUGGUUGAAUGUUUUUUCAGCACUUACUUUUUAAAAAUUGGGGAAUUUGAACAUUGUCUUCUAAACAAAUCACUACGUUGGGUCAGGAGACGCCCUCUGACAAUGAAUUGUGGAGCCGCAGUUGUGAUAACAAAGAAUAAACUAUUUGAAACCCUUGUUUA